AUGACGAAAUCCAACAUCACCUUGGUGAAGAAAAAUGAUUCGUGGCUUCCUAAGAAAGAGCAGCAGUUGACAGCCAUCGAGAAACAUGGUUAUACUCUCCUAAAAACCUUGGGGGAAGGCGCGUACGCCAAAGUUAAACUCGCCGACUCUAAAAAACACAACAAAAAAGUAGCAGUUAAAACGAUAAACAAAAGGAGAGCACCUAGGGACUUCCUCAAAAAGUUUCUGCCCAGAGAGGUUCAUCUGAUGCACAGACUCAAUCAUCCAAACGUGGUAAGAGAAGUUUCAUUUCAGUUGAGACUCGAUGACAAAGCGAAGAGAUCUCACAUUUAUUCCUGAUAAUUUUGUUUUGGCUAAAGUCAUGAGAAUUUCAUCCUCAAAGUGUGAGUACUUUAUAACAGAACGCCGAUCGUAACCGAGACGUAGGAAUAUUUCCGAUGACGUUCCGAAAAUAUUCCAAAGGUGGCUAGAGGAGUGAAACAGACGUUUUCUCACGUCCUAAAAGGAAGAUUUUAUGAGCAAUUUUUUGCCCAUGCCUAGGUUCUCCCGUAUUUAUCACAGUUUUUAUUAGCGCUUAUCAUUAUUCAAGUAUAUGCCAGUGAAAGCUGAGCUGUAAUAGUUCGAAUUUUCUGUUAGGCAUAAGAGAUUGGGGUCGGCAGAUGCGAGUUGGCUCGCGCACGUAAUCCAGGUUCUCGAUCCAUGAGCAUAACAGUUGAUUUGAAUGCACAUUGGUAUCCUUAAAAUUGCUCACGUGGCUCUGAACCUCGUAAAAGCUUUGCGAAAGCGAAAACUGAUCUCCCGCUCCUCUUCAGAACCAUGACUACUUAUUACUCAAAUUCGUUCUUUACAGAGAUGUUAGCCCGCAGUGCAGGCGUCUUAUAAGGGCGAGUCAGCGUUAAUCUAAGAAGCUCGCAAUCGUUUAUUCAGCUGGCCAUGUUUGAUUUGGAGAUAGAGGUGGUGGGGGAGAGGGCGGGGAAAGGCGAAUCUUCCUUAUUUUUGACCGUCCACCGUCCACCGUCCCAUUAGUACAAAUCUCUUUCUCUUCACAGCCCUCUGUUGCCAUUAAAAUAAAAGAUAGCGGUCAUAAUUUUUGCUAAGAAAAUAGUGAGCUCUCGCUCGUCAAAGUUGCGCCUGCUCUGCAGGCUAUAGAGAUGUUGUUAAGACAAAGUUUUUGGUACAAACUCUAUAUUUAUGCAGAUCCGGCUGUACGAAGUUGUGGAAACUUCCACUAAGGUGUAUCUUGUUCUACAAUUGGCAUCUGGAGGCGACUUAUUGGAAUACAUAAACGCAAGAACCGUGCUACCUGAAGAGGAGGUACGCAAGCUGUUUUGUCAGUUUGCCGCUGCCAUGACGUACUGCCACAAGGAAAACGUGGUACAUAGAGACCUAAAAUGUGAAAACAUCUUGAUAGCUGGGGACGGAAAGUUAAAAGUAACAGGUAGCUAUCUUGAAAAAUUAUAGUUUAAGACGAUGCGUGGGCUAAAAAAACGCACUGAGCAGUUCAAUUAGACAAAUCAUCGGUAUAAAAUAAUAAUGAAAACGAGUGUUGAAGACGGGUAAUAAUAUAUCCUAUCAGAUAAUGAACGCUAGAUUUUUAUGCGUGAUUGUUUUCGAGGGCUUCGCCAUCAUCGAACAUCGAGCGAUAGAAAUCUCACGCUCAUGAUCUAAUUGUUAAUUAUUAGUGACAAAGACAUUUCCAAAUUGUUAGAGGGGUGUACCAACGCCGUAAAAAUUUUAAUAUAUUAGAUUUUGAAAGCUUGUCUGAAUUAGAAAAGGGAAUCGAAUUCCUCAUGCCAGGAAUAAUUUCAAUCAACAAUUUUGUAGAAAAUCUCCUUCGUUUUUAAAUUUCAAGUAACAAUUUUUCUCUUCCUCUCGUUUGAUUUUUUGUUGUUGUUGUUGUUUUCAGCGCGGCGCGCGUGAUUUCAGAAAUUAGCCAACACGUCAAAGAACUCUAACCUUGACAUUAGAAAACUGACGUGGACAUUUUUCGCGUACUUUUAGUUUUUUUUUCGCGAGUUUUAGCUUGUUGUUUUUGAGCUUUCGUUCUCGCGUAUUUGUUACCCCUUUGCUUGGAGAUUUAGGAAGUUUCUGGGUUUUUAUUUUAGCCAAAUGUUGGGGUUGAUUUAACACGUUCAAUACAUAUUUUCUACGGAGUUUAGACUCCAGCCUCCUUUGUUGUAAAUGGUUUUUUUUUUUAUAAAUUUGUUCCUAAGAAUCAUGUAAUGAAUAACGCCACGCAGACAUGUCGCGAGAAUGAAGAGUUAAAACAAAGGCAAUUCCUUAUUAGUACCAACACUAGGUGAUCCGCUUCUACAUUUCAGAUUUUGGUUUUGCCGUGGGCACGGUAAAAGAUCGUCCUUUAGAAACCUACUGUGGUUCCUUCGCCUAUUGUUGUCCUCAAAUCCUUCGAGGCAGGCCGUACGACGGUAAAAAAGCCGACGUGUGGAGCAUGGGUGUUGUACUGUACGCAAUGGGCUGUGCAAGGCUUCCCUUUAGUGAAAAUGAUAUGAGAAAUUUAAUAAAGGAUGACUACACUAACAAAAUCAAGUUUUCAAAAAGAGUUAGUAAAGGUAUGGCAGUGAUUUUGACUGAAAACGUUCGAGCAAUUUUCAAAUGGAAAGCGAAAGUACUCUGUGUACUGUGCACUGUAUACUACACUCACUUAACAAGGUUUUGCAACUGGUGUAACAAUUUCGAACCAGUUUCUAAACCAAAGAGAUAGAGUGACUGGUCGAGAGAGUGGGUGAGUUCUCUGGACGAAUCGGAUAGCGGAGCAGAGCAUAAACAAAGCAAUCCCGGAUUUCUUUCGACGCUAAAUUUAAAAUUGCUCUACUUGUUGGUUUUAUGCCGCUUAAAAAAAUGGGAGGUACUUUGGUGAAGUAAGCCCUGUCCUACAAUGCGAGAAAUCCUCCACUUAACGAUGCACUUUUAUUCGUUCUCCUCCACUAUCCUCCUCCUCUAUCUAUUUUUUCAUUGGAUAAGUCACCACGAGAAAUACCAUUAUGUAAUAGUUCAUGCCUUCUCCGCUAGGACUAGAUCAUGGCAUCAAUACAGAGUACGCGUAACAAUAGUAAAAAGUGGUAUUAUGAUUGCAUUUAAAGGUGCAGAGUAUACAAAUUGUGAUGAAGUCGAAACAAAAUUGUUGCAGUUUGCUUUGAGAGCAAGGCUUGCAAUACGUUUAACUCAAAUCUGUGUAUCAAAACGCACUAGGUCGGUCAUUCUUCGGUAGUUAGUUCCAGCCUUUGAUAACUUUUCAUAGUUGAUUUAGAAAAUCUCUUUCUUUUUGAAAUUUCAAGUAAGAAUUGUUCUCUUUCCCUCCCCCUUUGUAUUCUUUUUGUAUUCGCGUGCCGCGUAAGUGAUGUCGCAAAUUAACCAAUCAAGUCAAAGAACUGUAACCUUGACGUUGGAAAACUGACGUGGACAUUUUUCGCGCAUUUUUUGUUUGUUUUCGCGGAGUUUUAGUUAAUUGCUUUUGAGCUUUCGUUCGCAUAAAUGUGUUACCCCUUUGCUUGGAAUUUUAAGAAGUUUCGGAGUUUUUUUUAUCCAAAUGUUGUGGUACAUUUAACAGGUUUAAUACAUAUUUUCUACGGAGUUUGGACUCCAGUAUGUUUUUCCUUAAAUUGAUUUUUUACAGUUGACUUCUCUCAACAGAGUAUCGUGAUCUUGUCCGCUGGAUGUUAGAUGUGGACGAAUAUGAACGGGCCACAGCGGAGGAAGCAUUUAAGAGCCCCUGGUGCAUACGGGCCAUCGAUGAAAACCGUGACCUGCGCUAUCUUGCCGAUGCUCCUCAGCCGAUCCCUGUGCGUAAGCCCCCGGAAUGUGCCCCUCAAGAGAUGAACGAAUUCGGUAAGCAUAAAACAUGCGAAUUUGUAAUUCGAGUAACCUAACUCAGUGAUGGUUGACAGCGGGGAUUCACUAUGACUCAAUUAAGUAACUUCUAUGAUAAUUAUACUGAAAUAGAAAACGUGCAAUGAUGAUGUUGACUUAAGGGAAAACAUUUACGAUAGAAAAUUCAACGAUAAACAUAAAUGUAAUGUCUUAAAGAGAAAGCUCACAGGAUUUAUCGACAGGAUAGCCAAUCAACUAAUUAACAGAUUCUAAUUAAUAGAUUCUUUGUCGUUCGGUGAUAAAUUACAGAUGUGGUCAAAAUGAGAUGAGGACAAAAAAGUGGUGCUCGAGGCGCAGUCUUAAUAUUGACGUUGUGAGACGUCAGUUGAAGUAAUUUAAAUGUUUUAUCUAUUUUUGUUUUGUUUUUUUUUUGUUUUUGUUUUUUUGUUCCUCAGAAGAGGAAACUUACCCCGUUGAAAUUCAGAAAACACCCGCCAAAAUCGGCAAGAAAACCAAGAUAGUUACUUGCUUCACUUACACUGCGCCCGCCCACGCAACGAAACAGAGCAACCAAGCUCGGCGGCAUACUAUUUCCGGUCUCGAAAUACACGACAAAGACUGCGCUCUAAACUUGCGCAAUGACUUGCUGCGGUCCUUCGCACAAAGGAGGAUGUCCCUCCAGAAAAUUGAGGAAGAAACGAAACCGCUUGCCGAAGUUUCUUACAACAAACCUCGACCAAGGCGUCGGAGUACACUAGUCACAGAUGUCUUAACAGUUGUGUCGAGUAAAGAACAUGAACACAAGCUUGAAGGAAGAAAGUCUUCUUUGGUGUCUGACGUUGUUAAAUUUGAUCCACGUACUGCCGGAAGCCAUAGUUUCUUGAGGGGGAACCUUCCUAUUGUAGGAAGUCAAGAAGGAAGACGCGAUUCCUUAGAAGGAGUGCCUGAGGGUUACCAGGGUAAUUCGAACAAACCUAACCAACCACAGAAACUGGAAUUCGUUGCGUCGCGCUCAAAGAAAGGACCUAAGGUGACACCUGACAGUCGGCAAGCUCGUUUGAACGAAAUCUCUAAGCUGAGGUACACUUCGGCUGCCAGGGCUGCAAAAAUGGCCUUCAGAGAAGCACACGUCUCAAUGAAAGUCAAUCGAAGACUAUCGCUGCAAGCCACGGACCACUAUAUGACUAUGAAAUGUGUGGAAAGAAUAUUUGAGCUCCAGGGAACCAAGAUUGAAGAGGAUGAUAGUUCUCUUAAUAAGCUUAAAAACUGGCAGAAAAAGUUCAAAAUGGCUUUGAAUGAAGACAAUUAA